CCGCGCAUCGGCAAGGUCGUGCUGCGCACCCUCUCUUGGGGGUGUCUCUGUGUGCGUGCGCGCAUUACCUGUCAACCCCUCAUACGAGAUCUACCACGUUGUACAUCUAUGUAGUAUUGUGUUUCGUGCGUAUACAUUGCAUACAACAACGUAUGUAUGUAUAUAUUGACAACAUAUAAGAUACAUAUUCGAAGACUUUAAAGUGCACGCAAUGGACAACAUUUCCAAUUAUCGUGGGUUUUAAACAGUGACCUUUAAACUAGUGUUGACUCUCGUGUGGCGAAAUUAAAAGUGUGGAGUAUCGAGGGCCCUCUGUUACCGCGCUCGUUGCUCGAUCAAUAAAUUAUUCUCCGAAAUAUAUUGAUGUGCAAUAUGAUACAGAUUAGUGGUCGUUCACUGCUCCGAAUUUGUCGCACGAAACUAUUAGUCAUUUAAAUAGAACAGAGCGCAAUGAAACUAUCGAAACUUGCCGUUUUUCGAGAUUCUCUGUAUAAACCUACGUUACGUUCGAGUGAAUGAAAAAUCCGAUAACGGACGAAGCGUUUUCUAUUCGGAAAGGAUAUCGCGGAAACGAGGACGAGAAAACGCGUAAAAGAUUAUCUCCGCGGGAUUGAAAACGCGACGCGUAAUUCCCGCGCGUUUUCCGUCAAAGACGAUACAUCAUUUGCGCGUCGAAAGUGAUUGAAUGUGUGUCGAUUGACGUUCGGAAAAAAAAACAAAUUAAACGAUAAUAGAAUAAUAGAAACUCGUGUCAAGCGGAAGUAGAUGCUUCAGGUAGUGACGUCAAGACGUGCGCGCGCGAAAGACGAAGACGAUCUAUACGGCGGGUGUGCGCGCGACAGGAAAAGAUAGAUCGUCUUAGACGUAAUCUGGCGUUGACGUGACCUAGCCUAACCUGAUGUAACUUUUGCACAGUGCCGAACUUCACCUGGUCUUCGUCCAUCCCUAUCGUCCCCGAGAUUAUCGUGCGUGUGAAGUGUGUGUGUGUGCGCGCGCGCAGGGUCAUUCUUCCAAACUGUGUUCGUCGGAUGAGAUGUAACUUUGCACAUUAGCUGGUUGGACAUCGACGUGAGCCUGUAACCACCCUGCGAUUAUCACGAUGCCAGGAACGUGCUUGAUGACCGAUGCGGUCAGGACAGCGGAUAGUUAGUAAUGAGGAGGAGCAAGUUAUCGGCGUGCCGACGGCUCAGAUCACCAGUAACAUGCCAGUCCUUGGUCCCAACGCCGAUCCAACUCCACUUCGAGGACUUCUGAUCGCUGUCUUCGUCCUAUUGUCCCUGCCGCGUUGUCGCUGCACGGAUCUAGGACAAUGCACUACGGCUUUGGGUAUGGAGAACGGAGAAAUCCCCGAUGAAGACAUCUCGGCGAGUUCUAUAUACGAUCCCAGCCUCGGACCGAAACAUGCCAGGCUACGACAAGACAAAGGUGGCGGCGCGUGGUGUCCGAAACAUAUGGUAACGAAGGAGGGCAAGGAAUACCUCGAGGUGAAUCUGCACACUCCGCGUUUACUGACGUCCGCCAGAACGCAGGGCAGAUUCGGCAAUGGUCACGGGGUCGAGUACACGGAGGAGUACUUUGUCGAGUAUUGGCGGCCGGGGUUCAACAAGUGGGUGCGAUGGAGGAAUCGACGUGGCAUAGAGCUUUUGGUAGGCAAUCACAAUCCGUAUUCGGAAAAAGAACAGAUCUUUGAUCCAGCUAUAAUAGCAACAAAGAUCCGCUUCAUCCCUUACACCUCUCAUAUGCGCAUAGUGUGUAUGCGCGUAGAGCUCUAUGGUUGUUCAUGGACAGAGGGUAUCGUCUCGUAUUCCAUGCCCCAAGGAAUCAAAAGGGGCACCGAGGUUGACCUCUCCGACAGGACUUACGACGGCCGCGAAGAAGGAGGUUGCCUCUCCGGGGGACUUGGUCAACUCGUCGACGGGCAAAAGGGUCCCGACAACUUCAGAUUGGACGUCAGCGGCAACGGAAAGGGAUAUGAAUGGGUCGGCUGGCGAAACGACACGCCCAAUAUGCUCGGACGUCCGGUGGAAAUAACUUUCGAGUUCGACUACUCGAGGAACUUCACUGCCAUACAUCUACACAUGAACAAUUACUUCACCAAGGACGUGCAGGUUUUUUCGUACGCGAAGGUUUACCUCGGCACAGGCGGUAACCAGUUCACCGGCGAACCGGUCCAUUUUUCUUACAUACCCGAUCAGGUGCUCGAGCAAGCGCGGGAAGUCACCAUAAAGCUGCACUCGCGCGGCGGCCGUUUCCUAAAACUGCAGCUCUACUUCGCGGCUCGGUGGAUCAUGCUCAGCGAAGUAAUCUUCGAAUCAGUUAUCUCCGAAUGGAACAAUACCGAGGACGAGGAAGCAAAGAACAAGAGUGCCAUUGUACUGGCAACCGGCAGCCCCUAUCAGAAUAACGAGGGUCCACUACAGAGGGACGAAGUGAAGGCUACUUUUAAUAAGGAGGAGAGCAAAGAUAACACUUUUUCAGAUAAGAGCAAGGAACCGGAAUCGAAGCAGUUUGUCGGAUUAGUGAUCGGCAUCCUGACGACCGUAAUCGUGAUGUUGCUCGCAGCUAUCAUGUUUAUCUUUUAUCGGAACCGUAGACUUAAGGCUGCUCUUGCACCAUCAACAUUUUACGAUCAGCAGGGCGAUCUCAAGGUCUCCGUUGCGGAGGAGGGUGAGGACAAGGGACCAAUUUGUCCUCCGCUUCCAGCGCAAUAUCAACCAGCCGCCUACAGCACCACGACGCCGCAAUUGCACAAAACCGUCACGGAUUACACCGGGAUCACCGAGGUACAGCCGGUUAUUCCGCUCUUGCUUAACUCGACGAUCAAUCUUGCCAGGCCAAUUCCGGCGGUCCAAGAGUAUCCAUCUAACCCGCCACCCAUACCACCUCCGCCGGAAAAGUAUUACGCCAGUACGGAGAUCUGUAAGAGUCCUUUACCACCACUGCCACCCUCGCCGACACCGAGCACACCACCCCCGAUGAGCGCCAAAGCCUCUAGCAGUAUGACUAGUUAUAGUCCGGAAGAUAUGCUCACGGAGGAAGAGGAGGAAAUACCCGAGUGUAUCCUCGAUUUUCCGCGAGAGAAACUCAACAUCGUGGAAAAUCUUGGCUGCGGAUACUUCGGCGAUGUUCAUCUCUGCGAAGUCGAUAGAUUUCCUGGAUAUGAUGAGGUCUUUAGGAAUACUUCCAGCGAUUUGGUUGUUGUUAAAUCCUUGAAACCAGGAUCUUCCGAUGCUCUUAGGAUAGAAUUUCAACAGGAGGCAAAAAGGCUAGUGCGACUCGCCGAUAGAAAUGUCGCGCGGCUACUCGGUGCCAGUCUCGAGAAUGAUCCCAUGUGUAUCGUAUUGGAAAACGGCGAGUAUGGGGAUUUAAAUCAAUACCUGCAGAGUCACAUCGCCGAGACUUCGAAUCUGCACACAGCCAAGACACUCAGUUUCGGCACAUUGGUUUACAUGGCCACGCAAAUAGCAUCCGGCAUGAAGUAUCUUGAGGAAAUGGACUUCGUGCAUCGGGACCUCGCCACGAGGAAUUGUAUAGUGUGUCGCGGAUGUACCAUUAAGGUAUCCGAUUUAGGCAGCGGACGAAGCGCAUACGCAGCGGAUUACUUCCGUGUUGAUGGACGUCCUCCAUUACCGAUUCGAUGGAUGGCAUGGGAAUCAAUGCUAAUGGGAAGACAUACAUGCAAGGGCGACGUCUGGGCGUUUGCCGUCACGCUGUGGGAAAUUCUGACGUUCGCGCGAGAGCAACCUUUCGAGGAAUUUCCGGAUCAUCGAAUAGUGGAGAAUGCGACUUAUUUUUAUCAGGAGGACGAGCGGAGGAUGAUACUACCCCUGCCAAAGAACUGCCCUAAAGAGAUUUACGACUUGAUGCGCGAGUGCUGGCAAAGGAACGACGUCGACCGACCAACCUUCCGCGAGAUCCAUUUGUUUCUACAACGAAAAAAUCUCGGAUACAAACCCGGUGAGUCGAACGAUACCUGAUAUAGAGAACUGGAAGGCUGGAAUCUUAUCCGGCUUUCUAUGAUCGGCGAAUUAAACGGCAAUUGGUGGAACUGCCCCUCAUCGACCAAGAUAGACCAAGUCAGACCAAGUUAGUAUCUAGGGUGACGGUCCAUAAAUUGUCUGUAAUAAACGUGAAUUCUUUGCGAUGAUCCGUGAUCGUACACGUCCAUCGUGUUGGUGAUCUAGAUCAUCCGCUAUGAUACCUAUACGUGCAAGGAAGAGAAAACUGAUCGCAUGCAGAACUUUUCACGAUUAUCGUGAAUUAUCCCAUUUUUUUUCGAUCGUCACGUAUCGCUAUGAACAGCGCUGUGAAUUUAAUCAACAAUGUGAAUCGCACAAAUCAUUAUCGCCAUAGCACCUGUGUGCAAAUUGCAAAGAGACAUUAUCUGUAUAAAAGUUAAAAAUGUAAAAGUUGCAUUUUUUUCAAUCAUUCCUUUGUAAAGCUGCAAAAUGGAUUGACAUCUGUCUUGCUGAUGUAUGUGCGUAUUAUUUAGCGAUGCGCAAAGCUUGACAAUCGCCGUAGAAUGUUAAUUUUCUAUAAAUACAUUUGUUUAAUCUGCGAAGUAUUAAUUUUUGCCCAACGUAAUCGAAUUUCUGUGAUUCUACACGAUUAAUUAAUGCAAUAACGCAUUCGAUCUUUCGGAAAUUGUCUUCGUGCAAAUAUUUGUUCUCGUUUUUCUUCGUAUUUUCUCCCUCGGUUAUAUCGGCCGAUAUGUGUCGCCUGCAGAGAAGUUACGCGCGUCGUCCAAACCGGGUGUAACCCCUCGAUAAUGAUACCGAGAAUCUGCGGCAGCCGUAUCCACGCUCGUGCAAUCGAAAUGGAUAGAUUAUGAUUUUGAUCCGCGGCAUUCGAUACGAAAUGGAACGUUACUAGUGUCGCCAAUACGCGGGGAGCACGUUCGAUAAAUCGCACAUAUGCUGCUCCGAAAUUGAUACUGUCAGCAAACAAGCUUAUGAUAUUCCCGCCGUAACGGCACUCGCGUCACGUUCGGAAUAUACGUGGAUCGUACUCGAAAAUCGCGCGUUGUACGUAACAUUUCCGCUGACGAAUAACAUAGUCCAUUCUAAACUCCGACCCUCGAAAAAAAGUGGACUCUUUAUCCGGGAUCGGAGUCUUUGCGAGUUUCACGUGGGAUUACGUUAUCCGUUUUUCGAGCCUUUUAUAUGUCAGUUCUAUAGACAUGUUUACGAAGAAAAUUCGGUUUUUUUUCUAAUAUAUAGGUAUAUAGGUCUACAUAUACAUAUACGUAUACACACACAUAUAUAUAUACCGUUUAUAAUACAGUUAAGCAAGUUGUUGUUUUUAGCAAAGCGAAAUCUAUUAUCUUAUUGCGAGAAUACGAUCAAGUUGAUUGUAUUAUAAUAUUGAUCAAUGUAUUUUCGGUGACAUUUGACGUAAAUAGCUAUUUAUACUCUUUGCUGUAUCGUUUUAGUCCCCAAAUUAUCGAGAUGACAAAUGUGUAAAGACCAAUCAAUUACUUAUUUUUUGUUUGCUCAAUUAUACGUAAUCAAUAUUUCGCUUCCCAAUUGACUCGAACGCGACAAGUUACUUUUUUAGAAUUUUUAAUUAAACAUUUAUCACAGUGGCGUGCGGAAGGAAUUAUGCGAACGUCGCUUCAAGGAGCUUAUAAAUGCACAAAGAAUUAUGAAAUGGGUUUAAGAGGAACGUUCUGUAAAAUUAAUCAGAUCGUUACGCGCCGUACAGGAAACAUUUUUCGUAGAGUUCGGAAAAAGGAAUAAUCUUAAGCCGCGAGUUUGCGUUAAGUUUCCCUUAAACUACUAUUAAGCUUAAGAUGCGCUUAGCCCAAGUGCAUAAAUGUUUGACAAUACCAUUAGAGGUUGCAGUAUAAAAUCAUAUAGAGUGUGUAAAGAAUGUUAAAGGAUUAAUCGACAAUGUAAAUUAUUAGAUCAUUCUAUGACCGGCGUUUUUAUUGUCGGUCAUGUAUCGCAUAAUCGUUUUGGAGUCGUUAAUUCUAUCGAUUCGCAAAACUUCGCCUGUGUCCCGUUGCUGCUACAAAAGCCACAAGUUGGAUGCAUCGUGAUUUUAGAGAGAGAAAAACAAAGGAGAAGCACAUGUGACCUGACGUUAAGUUUAUAGCGUGGAAUAGAGAUGGGCGAUUUACCCGGUAAAUGUUUUUGCUUGAUUUGAUAUGCAGAAAAUCCGUUCGGCUUCCUAUACGUAUAUAAAAUAGUCUACAGGCUAUAAACAUUUAAUAAAGAAAGCUUAAUUAUUUCUGCCUUUCUCGAUGAUUGAUUUCAUUUGUGAUUGUCUCAUUUAUUUUCUCAACUUUUUAUUACUCUGAACAGAAUACGUGUAUUCCAGCAGUAAAACACAUUUCCAGGUAAAUGGCUAUCGUUAAUACGAAUAAUAAUGAAAGACUUCUAUACUUGUUAGAAUGAUUCUGUAUGAGAUGUAUAACGAAAGAAAGAGAUAAAUAGCUGUGCAAAUCGUGACGGAGGUAUAUCCCUCCUAACGUGCAAAAAAUUGUCACGUAAAUCCCGUUGUUUUAGGCAUUUAUUAAAGCCCAGUGCAGACUAAGAGACUCAUGCUCGUGAUUUGUAAGAUAAUUCAAAAUAGAACAUAUAAGCGAUGAAUGUGUACGAUUAUAUAAUUGUGCAAGAAUUUUUUUAUUUUUUAAGAAGAC